AUGAGCUUUGGAAAAUCUACAGACUGUUCUAAGUUAUAUCCUCAAACAGCAUAUAAUCUAGGUGGGAAGUCGGAGUACAGUAAAAUCAGGAUUAAUAAUCUCAAUUCAUUGACUAUACAGUCAAAUGAUUAUUCUUUCUCAACGCAGCUAAACUCUACAACUGGAAAGGAUUAUGGAACAGCUGGAGACAAAUACAGUAGUUCUACAAAUUGUCCUCCUAGAGGCAUCUUUAAGAUUGAUCUCAGACUGACACCUUUUGUUGUGUCACCAAAGGUUAAGUGGUCAUGGAGUGGAUCUUAUCCAAAUCCUAAUGCUACAGGAACACCAAUUAUAUCAAAUACAACUUAUGUAGGAUGCUUUAUUGACAAAGAUGACAGAAUGCUCCCAGCUCAGUAUUUAUAUAACAACCACAUGACUGUUGAAAUGUGUAUACAACAUUGUAGAAGUCGAGGAUUUGCCUAUUCUGGUGUACAGUAUUAUGCACAAUGUUUUUGUGGAGACAAUCAUAAUAAGCAUGGGGCAGCAGUCGAUACAGCAUGUAACACACCCUGUAAAGGAAAUCAUCAACAGAUGUGUGGGGGUACCUGGAGAAUUUCUAUCUAUGGAACAGGAUUACCACAAACUAUCAUUGGACGAUGUGGGGGAUAUCCAGGACAAUGUUUUCCUACAUUGGAGAACAAUCCAGGUACUCCAGCAUUGAUGUUACAGUUUAUACCCACACAUCCAUGUCUACAACCAUUAUCUCCUUGUAAAAAUGAAGGAAAAUGUAUUGCUGUAACAGAUACUGCAUUCAAAUGCUUGUGCUAUAAUAUGUAUUCAGGGACAACAUGUGACAUACAAACAGAACAGAUAGUAACAAUGGGAGCCCUGUGUCCUGCAGGACUUUAUCCAGAGAAAUGUACCUGUGUACAUAACAAAUGCAGUGGGGCAAAGUUUGACGGGGAUACAUGUGUUACAACGUCAGGAGAACCAAAAGUUGUGUGUCGUUAUUCAGAUCCCGGUCAUGUGAUUCUGUUUAAUGUAGAAGGAUCAGGAACGGUAAUAUGUCCAUCUGGAUCACAGAUGGUGGGAUGUUCUUACUGGGACAGUUCAGGUCAACUUAAGGGUAAUGGAGAAGCUGACAAUGCACAGUAUACCACAGGGACUUGUAGCAUGAGACACGGGUGUCAACAGUGUCGUCUGCAGGCUAGAUGUAAAAAGUUCGAUUGUGGCUGCCAAAAUGGAGGUCAUUGUCACAUGGUCACUGGAGAAUGCAUAUGUAAUGAUGGUUACUACGGUACCAAAUGUGAAUCAUUUGAUUACUGCAGCUUUUAUGAAAAACAGAAUGGUCAGAGUGCUUGUGGCUCAGGUGGUAUAUGUAAUGCUGUACCUGCUAACAGUGUGAAGACUUAUGGUGGAGACAAUGUUGGUGAUCAUUGUAUAUUUCCUUUUACCUAUAACGGUACCUCAUAUGGUACCUGCAUUGAAAGUAAUGAUGUUGGACCACCGUUUUCUUGUGGGUCAGUUUUUGAUGGCACCAGAGAAGGUUAUGUUGAUUUGGGAAUGUGGUCCCCUGGCUCAGUGUAUACAAUGGCUGCAUGGGUAAGACCAGACAAAGCAGAUGGAGUUAGGAGGACAAUAAUUGGAGGAGUAGGUGACUGUUUAGAUUAUGGUAUCUAUCAUUUUGAGAACUUCUGGGUUUACUACAAAGGAACAGAUAGUGCAUGUACUCGUGGAAUUGACACAGGUGUCAGGAUACAGACUGGAGAGUGGUAUCUAGUGGCAGCAAUUCAGAAUGGCACUCAUGUUAUAAGUUAUGUCAAUGGUAAACAGAGUGCAGUUAAGGUUAAACCCAAUGUGUUGCCAACUACCAGUGGUUUAUGGAUAGGUGGAGAGGUUUGUUGUCCAACCAAUAGAUUCCAAGGAAUGAUCAAAACAGUCAAAAUAUGGAAGCGACCAUUACAAGUGUCAGAACUUGAGAAAAGUAUGAAUUAUCAAGGAAAUAAACUUGCAAAAGAGGAAGCAUUGCAUGGAGGCCUUGUAGGUCAGUGGGAACUAGGGGAGGUAAUCCAACCACCAUGUGCUGGAACAGAUCAUGGUGGUGAAGACUGGACAUUAAAAGAUGGACAGCAGAUAUCUGGAACUCAUUGUAAUAUCAGUACCUUUACCAUACCUAGAGGAGCUUCUGUAGUAAUGAUUCCAUACAAUGGUACAGCAGGAGGCAAACUAGAAAUAGUGGCAGAGAGUAUACAGAUUGAUGGAGUACUUAAUGGUAUAGGGGCUGGAUAUAGAGGUGGUAAAGUACCGUUAACAGGACAGUCUGGGGAACAGGGAGAGUCCUAUCCUGGAGUUGGUCAGAGGAAAGUGUCAGAUAAUCGUGGUGGGGGAGGGGGAGGAGUGGGUGGAAAUUCUAGAGCUGAUCAGACAGGAGAACCAGGAGCUGGUGGUGGAUAUGGUACUGUAGGAAAAUCUCCUGUAAAAAUAAGAGGAGACAGAGCAGGUUUUGGUCAGCCAGGAAAGAUGUAUGGAGAUGGAUCUCUGAAACAGAUGUUCUUAGGUUCAGGAGGAGGUAGUGGGGGUAGUGCCAAGGAUGAAACUAAAAAUCCUGCAGGUGGUCGAGGUGGUAAUGGAGGAGGUUCCAUCAGUCUGAAGGCUCUAAGGUCUGUAGUGGUCACAGGACUGAUCACUGUCAGUGGAGAAGAUGGACAGGGAGACAAUACACCCACAGGAGGACAAUGUUCUGGAUGUCCCGAUGCAUGUAGUGUAAAGAAUUUGUUUGGUUGCCAUGGAGACAAUAGAACAGCAUGCUGGGAUAUGUCAGGACCAGGAGGUGGGGGUAGUGGAGGGAGCAUUUAUCUGGCUGGAAAAGUUGUCAAUGUUGGUCAGAAGUUGUUAUGGACCAUGGGUGGAAGAGGUGGCUUUGGUACACUACAAGGAUGUGGAGGGGAUGGUGGUUUAGGAAGGAUUCGUGUGGAUGCUGCCAUAUUUAAAGGAUCAGUCACCAACUUACAAGGUGUUUUCACACAGUCUACACUACAAAAUGAAUAUGUUGAUCACAGCCAAGCAGGACAAAAUUUAAUAGAUUACACUCAUACUAACUAUGGCAAUGAGGUAUAUAGAGGGUGUUUUAAUGACCCUGAUAUUGGUUAUCGUACUUUAGCCUACACCGUACCUCUCACAGAUAAUGAUAGGAACCAUAUGACACCAGAUUAUUGUAUGAAAGUCUGCAGAGAUAAAGGAUACCAGUUUUCAGGAACAGAGUAUGCAUAUGAAUGUUAUUGUGACAACCAUUUGAGGAUGGACAGGAAGAUGCCUGAAGGAGAUUGUCAUACUCCAUGCAGAGGUGACAGAAAUACGUUUUGUGGAGGUACCAAUAGGAUAUCUGUAUUUGGUCCCCCACCAGGUACCCCUGCAUUUGCACACAGAGGUGUUAUACAGAAAUGUCAACCAUGGUGUCUCACAGCAGAUGUUGAAACUACUAAUCCAAAGUGGGGCCAGUGUUCCAUGAAAACCCAGGAAGUAACAUCAUGGCAGAUAGUUUGCCAGUGUCCUAUAGGCUUUCAAGGAUUCUUUUGUAACCAACCAUGUAAACAAGGAACCUGGGGUAAGAACUGUGCCAAUAACUGUACAUGUAACAAUAACAACACACAGUUUUGUGACCCAGUCAUAGGUCAGUGUAAAUGUUCACCAGGUUACCGUGAUGACCAGUGUAAUACACCCUGCCCCAAAGGGUAUUACGGAGUUAACUGUGCUGGUAUAUGUAAUUGCAGUAAAGCUAACUCACAGUGUGACCCAAGUACUGGAAACUGUAUGUGUAACUCAGGAUGGAUGGGGAAUAAUUGUCAGUUUCCUUGCCCAUCAGGACAUUAUGGACAGGAUUGUAAACUUCCUUGUCUCUGUAAUAAUCAGGGAUCAUGUGACCCUGUUGGUGGAACUUGUCAGUGUAAUCCUGGAUAUAUGUUGCCCACAUGUGCCUUUCAGUGUGAAAAUGGAUUGUAUGGACCUGAUUGCGGAUUCUUCUGUAAAUGUAAUAAUCAACCAUGUGAUCCUGUAACAGGGCUUUGCCAAUGUGGACCUGGGUUCAAAGGUCAACAUUGUGAACUGGAAUGUCCAAUUGGUUUUUAUGGACAAUUUUGUCUGCAGAAAUGCCAGUGUGCAGGGAAGUAUGGGUGUGAUCAUGUGACUGGAGCAUGUCAUUGUGGUCCUGGAUUUGUUGGACAGAAAUGUGAUGUGGCUUGUCCACCAGGAUCGUUUGGCAUUAAUUGUGCCAAAAGGUGUAACUGCUUCAACCAGCCAUGCGAUGGAAUCACUGGUCUAUGUAAAUGUAACCCAGGAUACAGAGGUCAUCAGUGUGAGCUGAAAUGUCCCUUAGGUCGCUUUGGAAACAAGUGUAAACAGACAUGUGCUUGUAAAAAUGGAGCAUCUUGUGAUGGUGUCACUGGAACAUGUUUAUGUCCACCUGGUUGGCAAGGUAAUAUGUGUGAAAUACCAUGUCCGACUGGUUAUGGUGGUCCUGGUUGUAACACUUCCUGCCCUGCUAAUUGUGGAAAUGGGUUCUGUAGUAAGGCAACUGGAUCUUGUAUAUGCACAACACCUGGUACAAAAUGUGAAUGCCCUGUUGGUUACUAUGGUAGAACAUGUCAAUCACCUUGUGACUGUGUUCAUGGAAGUUGUGACAAGACAUCAGGACAGUGUAUUUGUGUUGAUGGUUGGUUUUUAACUAAAUGUGACACCCAAUGUCCAACAGAUACAUAUGGAGCUGCUUGUUCCGACAAUUGUAACUGUGUCCUUGGAGAUUGUGAUCCUCUGAAUGGAAAAUGUAUCUGUGCCUCUGGCAACAGUGGUGCUCAGUGUGAAAAACCUUGUCAGGGAGGAACAUAUGGACCUGGUUGUCUGAUUACCUGUCCACCGUGUGGUAAAUAUGCCCAAAAUCAGUGUGAUCCUGCAUCUGGAGCCUGUGUUUGUAAAACUGGAUAUACUGGUGCCCUUUGUGGCCAGCCUUGUCAACAGGGAUACAGUGGAGUCAAUUGUUCCUCAAAGUGCAAUUGUCAGAAUGGAGGAUUGUGUAGGAGUACUGAUGGUGUCUGCCUGUGUCCUGAUGGUUUUACUGGUUCUCAGUGUGAACUUAAGUGUUCUUUGGGUACCUGGGGAGCAAAUUGUACUAAUAAUUGUUCAUGUGGUUAUCAUGGCAAUGGAUGUGAUAUUGCUACUGGUGCCUGUCACUGUACACCAGGAUUUUCUGGGGCACAAUGUGAGAAGAGUUGUCCAAUAUUGACCUAUGGACAAGAUUGUGAACAAUCCUGUAACUGUUAUAAAGAUGGAACCAGUUCAUGUAGUCCAACUGAUGGAACCUGUCAGUGUAAAAGUGGCUAUCACGGGAAUGCAUGCUUUGAAGUUUGCUCAUAUGGUACAUGGGGAAGAAACUGUUCACAGAGAUGCCAGUGUGGUUCCCAUGGCAACUGUAAUCCAUAUACUGGUGACUGUUUCUGUUCACCUGGUUAUAUAGGAAACAACUGUCAACAAAUGUGUUUGACAGAUCAGUAUUAUGGACUGAAUUGUUCUAAGCAAUGUAAUUGCAAUGGAGGUCACUGUGACCCAACUUCUGGUCGAUGUGAAUGUAAACCUGGAACUAAAGGACACCAUUGUGAACAGAAAUGUGGACCAACUCAUUUUGGAAUUCAGUGUGCCCAGGUGUGUGGAUGUAAAAAUGGGGCUGUUUGUGAUGCUGAGACAGGAAAUUGUCGUUGUCAGCCAGGAUGGUUUGGUACACUAUGUGAUCAGAGUUGUCCAGCAGGCCAGUAUGGAGUGGAUUGUUCUCAGUCAUGUCCUGACUGUCAGAAUGGUGGAUUAUGUGAUGGUACAUCUGGGAUGUGUGUAUGUUUACCUGGGUUUAUUGGAAGCUUAUGUAAUCAGACAUGUAGUCAAGGAUAUUGGGGAUUGAAGUGCCAGAUGAAAUGUCCAGAUACAUGUCAGCUGGGAUGUCAGCCUCAGACAGGGAUAUGUAAUUGUUCGCCUGGUUCCUGUCUAAAUCAGGGAUUUUGUGCAAGUAAUGGUUUAUGUAUAUGUAAAGAUACAUUUUAUGGAGACAGAUGUCAGAAUACAACAGGACGAUACUUAAUGCAGCAGAAUCUCUCAGGUUCAAGUUAUUCUCUAUCUAAAGGCCAGUUAGUAGGAUUAGUGAUUGGUAUUAUAGUGCUGAUUGUUAUAAUUGUUGUUGGGGUGAUAUUCAUCAUGAAAAAGAAAUAUACAGGAGUAUUACUGCCUGCUGGAUUGUCUAGAAAGUAUGAACAAGAUUCACAAAAGCUUGAAGAAGUUCAAGAUGAUGGUUCUCGAGGAUUUAGUAACCCAUUAGCAGAUGGUGAUAAUGACAAUACAGUUAUAUCACAUGACAGCCAUGUGAUAGAUGACAAUUCUGAUGCAUGAUCAUGUGAUGUUAUUUUUAAGACAUUGUUAUCAAAGAGACUGGAUUUUUUAAAUAGUAUUACUGUAUGCACGAUUCUUUCUAUAAUUGUGUUCAGAUAGUAUAUUUGAAAUUUUUGUCUCACUUGCGAUGAAAACAUUUAGAUACAGUCUCGGGUGAAAGUUUUUUAUAAUUUAAUAAAAUUGACAAACCUUCAUAGAAUUUGAUGAAACUUCAACACAAAAGCUUCUUCAGGAUUGAAAGAUAGCAUUUGAAGCAAAAUUCUGAAAAUAUAUUUUUUUCAUUUUUCCACAUUUUACUGUUUGGUGGACUUCGUUUUACCAUAGUCUAGGAUAAAAGUUUCAGUUAAAGAUUUUAAAACUCAAUAAUUUUGUCAAACCUUCAUGGAAUAUUACAAAACUUGUAGAGAAGGUUCCUAAGACAUAAUCAUGAGGUACUUCCCUGAGCAAAAUUUGAAUUUUUUACUUUUACAUUUUUCGGUAUUUUACUGAUAAAUGGACUUAAUUUUUCAGCAGUUAACAUUUGACUUUUACAUUGACAGCAGCAGUGGAUUGCAUGUAAGAUAUCGGGUUCCAAAGAGCUCUUUAUGAAUUAUUGUACUUGUUAAACUGUACAUUUAUAAGAAAAUAAUCUCAUUGUAUCAAUUUUUACUUAUGUCUGCUUCUAAGCUUUCAUUAUCGCUUUUAAUCUUGUGUCAUCAGAUAUUGUUUUUAACUGAUACCAACUAGAUUGGUCACUGCGGCAUGAGAAUUACAUACCAGAAUCACAAUUUAGUCAAUUAUAAAUUGCUGUUGUGUAUUGUAUAAUUGUUUCUGAAUCCCUAAGUAGAAAAGGAUGAUGCAAAAGUUUACAGUAAUCUCUGUUGUACAGGGAUCCAAGCAUUAUCAUGUAUCAACACAUUGCAGAAACAUGGUCUAGAUCAAAAUGUGUUGAGUGAUUGAGUUUUUGACUCUGGCGAAUUUUUAAUGUGAACCAAAUACUCCCUUGAAUGACGAUUUUUACCCAAUUUUUGAAAGGAAACUAAUGAGAAUAAAAUUUUAUCGUGAAUUUCUCACUAAUUAUGAAUGAUAGGAAAGCUAUAUUUGGUAUAUAUGAUGCAAGGUCUACAUGUUGGUUAGAAUGGGUUCACCUGUCCUCAACCUCAUUUCAUAGAUCAGUGGUUAAGUUUGUGUGAUCCAGUCCAUAUCCCUUAUACUAUAAGCAUUACAUCAACUAUAUUUAGUGUAUGGAAUGAUUGUAGGAUGUAAAUGUCUGUCAGGCAGGAUUUAUCUGACCUCGACCUCAUUUUUAUUGUUCAUUGGUCAAUGUUAUGUUUUCAUGGUUAAGUCCUUUUCUCAGCUACUAUAAGCUACAGUUUUACUAUAUUUGGUGUAUGGAAUGAUUGAAAGGUGUACAUGUCCGUCUUGCAGUGUAUCUUUGAUAGGUCUGUUUCACGGGUACGGUACUAUACGCAUUAGGUCAACUAUAAUUGGUGUAUGGAAUGAUUUUAUGGUGUACACGACUGUCUGAAAAUGUUCAUCUGACCUUUACCUCAUUUACAUGACUCAGCGAUAAUGAUAAUUUUAUGUUUUACUUUUUGUUUUACCUUUUUCUCAUAGACAUUCAACAUAAGUUCAAUCUUGUUAAAAAGACGAGACUUUUCAGCUUGUGCACUCUUGUUAAAAUACUUAUUUGUUUUUAUAAUUAAAAUUUGUCACAAAAACUAAACCUAAAUAAAAAAUUCUGUCAACAAGGACUGUACUAGGAUCAACUUGUGUAUUUUAAUGCCUGCUUAAUGCUCUGGUGUGUAGCAGAUGGGUGAUGAUGGCUUACCGUUACCAUGUGUGUAAACAGCUUAUUGAACCAAGUCAUGAUUAUUCACCGUUGACAUAACAUCUAACAAUUCGUCUGCUGAAAUAGGUUUUUUUUUGAGAGAGAACUUAAGAUCACUAGUUUCAUUAUUAGGGUGUUGAACUGUUCUGAUAUAUGUCAAUGCAUAAUUUCUUACUAUUGAGUCCCUCUGUGAUACUAUUCAUUACUGAAGGGUCUGUACAAACAUACUCAUGUCUGACUUGUUUAUCAUUUGACUGUUUGCUGUGUUGGUUGUUGGACAUGAGCCUGUAUAUUCAAUAAUGGCUACAUGUUGGCAACUCUGAUACAUUGUUGGUAGUUUGUUAAAUGACCAAACUCCUUUCUUUGAAAGUAGAAUUUUUUUUAAAAGAGAUGUAGUAACUGUUGGGUUUUAGAACAAAAUAAUGUUUAGGCUGAGGAUUGUAAGGAAAACACUUUUUGCCUUUAUCUUGUUUCUCAUAGCAGUAGAGUCCCUCUUGAAGAAAUGCAAGUUUGUUUUCUUAUUAUGCAUUUUAUGUAUUGCUCUUUGUUGUUUAUCAUUUGUCAUGUUGUAAAUUUAUUUUUCAUUGCUAUAGCAUAUUAGUUUUAUUGCUUUCUGAAUAAAGUAUACAUUCAUUCAA